GUUUUUAUUCGGAUUAUAAAUUCAUUUGAAAAGACUCAAUUAAUCUUUCCACCUUCAUUUUCCACUCAACCUUUAUCGCAUACUCAUCAUGUUCGAAGACGAUGACUGGCUCAACGGCCCUCAGCAAGGAGGCGCGCAAGACCCCCUGGUUGAGCAAGAAUACACUCGUAUCGCCAGCAAAUACAGCGACGCCGGCUACAGAGAAGGUAUCACAGACGGUAAACUAUCCACUCUUCAACAGGGCUUUGACGAAGCUUUCGCUCAGUCCGUACCAUUGUCUCGCCGAAUCGGCGCAUUGCGCGGUAGAGCGGCUGCUCUUCUCGCUUUCGCAAAGGCUUCUUCCUUCUCUUCACCAACCUCUAUUCCUACCCUCAACUCCAUUCCUCAUUCUCGGCAAGCUCUUUUAGACGACCUCCACGAUUAUAUCAAACAAAUUUCUUCCAUUCGCCGUUCUGAGGUUUUACCCGAAGACCUCGAGCGGAUCGUCCACGAACGAGAAGAUUAUGCGGCGGCUUCCGCCUCUGCCAACAAUGGUGUGUUUGAGCUUGAUACGACUCAUGAGCGAAAAAUGGAAUCUUUGGAGAAAAGCUUGGAAAUGUUCGGCUCUACUUCAGGUACUAAGGCAAGCCAAGAUGAUAAGGAGGAAGGAGAAGAAAAGAAGUACGGGGAAGAAGGGAUUGAGAGGUUGGAAGCAAAGCUUAGGGAGCUAGAGGGGAGGUUCAGAGGUUGAAAGCCGCCUGGUUUUCCGCAUCUGCCCGGUCUUUCAACCUGCUGCAUUUUCCGACCUUCCAGGUCCGUCGACAUCAACAAGCGUCACCUCAGCCCCUGACUCUACCUUCAAGUAGUCGGCCCACUACCUCACCUACUUUCAAUUUCAGGUCUCCAUGGGAGACAACUUUUAUAAAAGGGAAAUGCGUCUUUCUACAAAAGAAGAGAGAGAUGAGAGGAAAUAUAUGGGCGGAUAAUAGAGAAGCUAGAGGGUGGAGUGAUAAUUGGGCUAUCUCCAUCGAAGAAAAUUGUUAUCGUUCCAGCAAAUUGAGGCGGAAUACGUAUGUAGAUCGAUCCAGAGUGUUAGAGUGUUUAACUCGAACGACGUGACUUGUUCGUCGUUCAAUUUGCAUGCAUGCAUGAACCGUUCAUAUCAAA